AUGAAUAUGAAGAGCAAAGUAAAGGCAAAUUUUCGGUCCAUGAAAGGUUCACCCAAAGAUUCUAAGAAAAAGGUUAAUAUGCAAAUGCAACUUGUGCCUGAUCAGAAGAGUAGCCUAAUCAGAGGAGUUUCUGAGAAAGAUAGAAAAAUGGCAUUGCAACAUGAUAUAGAAAAACUUAAAAAACGGCUAACAGAAGAAGAAGAUGUUCAUAGAGCUUUAGAAUGGGCCUUAAACCGUCCAUUAGAGGCUCAUCCUGGCAUUACUCCUAAUUAUCUUCCUCCAGAGACAUUGAAGUUGCUAGGUGAAGUGGCUGUUUUGGAAAAAGAAAUUGCUAGACUAGAAGAGCAGGUUGUGAAAGUUAGACAAGAUUUAUAUCAAGAAACUAUCUUCACUUCUUUCUUUAACAACAAUGUUGACAAUUCAUCUGACUUUCAAGAGAAGUGCCUCACAAGAGAUCCCAUAAGUACCAUUCCUACUUCAUUUCUACCUAGGAAUCCAAAUAUCGAAAGGGCUAAAACAUUGUCGAAGAGAUCCCCAGUUGACUAUUUAUCAGCAGAAGAAUGUCUAGGCUUGCAAAAACUACAAGAAAAUGGAAUAUCAAGAGAUGACAGUCCCAAUAAGAUAUCAGAAAGUACACUGAAAUGCUUAAUGUUUGUGUUUGCAAGAAUGAACACUACUUCCACUUUGAAAAUUUCAGAAAUGCUACCUUCUAUAGAAUCAUGUGAAAAUCCAUGGGCCAUGGAUUUCAUGGAUCCAUAUGAUAUCUUCUAUGAAUUCGAAAACACAGAUAUCGGUCCAUAUAAGUAUAUAUAUGAAGUCAAAGCAGCCACUAGCAAUGCAAACCAGAUAACAAUUUCUGUGCUUUUAGCACAAAGACUGAAGACACUACUUGGGAAACUUGCAUCUGUCAAUUUAACAAGCCUUACACAUCAAGAGAAGCUUGCGUUUUGGAUCAAUAUAUAUAAUUCGUGCAUGAUGAAUGCAUUUCUUGAACUUGGAAUACCAGAGACCCCUGAUAGAGUGGUUCAACUAAUGCAGGAGGCAAAGAUUAAUGUCGGCGGCCAUCUUUUAAAUGCAUUUAGUAUCGAACACUUCAUAUUGAGACUCCCCUGUCACACAAAAUAUUCCUUCACAAAGGAUUUCACGAACAAUGAAGCAACUGCAAGAAGCUUAUUCGGGUUGGAGUUGUCUGAACCACGAAUAACAUUUGCAUUGUCUUGUGGAAGCUGGUCCUCACCUGCUGUAAGAGUGUAUAAUGGUGCUGAAGUCGAGAAUGAACUUGAGGCUGCGAAACGAGAUUACUUGCAGGCUGCAGUUGGCAUUUCAAGCACAAAUAAAGUAUUAGCGAUACCAAAGCUGCUGGAUUGGUAUAUGCUUGAUUUUGCUAAAGACACGGAGUCGUUUGUAGAGUGGGUAUGUCUUCAAUUACCAAGUGAAGUCCGGAACGUAGCAAUCAAGUGUCUUGAGAGAAACACGAGUGAGCCGCUUUCAGGUUGUGUUCGGGUUAGCCCUUAUGACUUCCAUUUUAGAUACCUUUUCUACAAAUAGAAUUUCGUUGUAAUCGUUUCUACGA